UAAUCAAGUACCUAAUGACUAGUGUGAAUUUUUUCACAAGUAUAUAGAUGAACUGUUGUCUAGAUUCACUUUACUGUGACUUCUCUUGACUCCUGAACGAGCAGUGAACCUUUUGGCCAGAUAGCCCCAGUAGCUGAGCCACUACAUAAAGAAGAAGAUAUUUUUUAAAUUUGUUUCGUAAACAAAAAAGUAGUUAAAAGAGAAGUUAUUGAAACGUAUAUUUUUCAUGAUAGAUCCUUCAGCAAGUACAUAUUUGAUCAUUGGUAUAAACAGAAUAGCGAAAUGUCUUCAAAAUACUUUAAAAACUGUUAUGAGGACUUUACUAAAGGUGAAUCAAUACUCUCUAACAAUAUGAUAAGAAAAGAUAGCAAAAUAUCCCUGGGACUCAUGGAAAAAUGGCAGUCAACAGUCCGUCAAUUAGAUAAUUUAGACUUCAGUGAUUACUCUGUUUACACAGGAACAUCUGGUAUUGCUUUGCUGAAGUUGAAAAAAGAUCCAGAAGAUAAAAACAAAGUUAUCGGAAUUUAACCUUUACAUUAUUCGAAAAUCUGAACUACCAUGUUGUAGGAAGUUGAAAGUCUUCUGUUCCUUCAUAAAUUAAAAAACAGAAGACACUCUUUUUUGUGUGGAGAUCCUGGACCUCUUUCAAUUGGCAUAAUUGUCAACCAUAAACUGGGAAAGGAGAAAGAAGUGAAGCAACUUGUUGCAAGAUUGAAACUUCUUGACAAAGAUGUCAUUGACACCCAUUCAGACCUUCCAAACGAAUAUCUUUAUGGGAGAGCUGGAUAUUUGUUUUCUAUACUUUUCGUCAACAAAUAUGUAUCUCCACCACCAUUUGAUGGCAGUUUCAUCAGAAAGAUAAUAGAUGCCAUCCUCAUUUGUGGGCAGAAUUUGUCAAAAGCUGGUAAUUUCAAAUGUCCUUUAAUGUAUCAGUGGCAUGAUAGUUAUUACUUAGGGGCGGCACAUGGUUUGUCUGGCAUUCUUUACCUGCUUUUGCAAGCUAGACAGUAUUUAACUGAAGAGGAUCUAAACUGCACUAUCAAACCAACCGUUGAUUAUCUUCUGAAGCAAAGAUUUCCCAGUGGCAAUUUUCCAUCAUCUCUUGGACGAGACAAUGACAAAUACGUUCAAUGGUGUCAUGGAGCACCUGGUUUUCUAUAUUUAUUCACGUCAGCAUACAAGUUAUGGCAAGAUCCCAUUUAUCUGAAAGUUGCCCUGGAAUGUGGGGAUGUAAUUUGGGAACGAGGAUUAUUGAAAAAAGGCUACAGUUUAUGCCAUGGAGUUUCAGGAAAUGCAUAUUGUUUUUUAGAAUUGUUUCAAACAACUAAAGAAGAGAAACAUUUCUACCGAGCAACGAAAUUUACUGAAUGGUGUUUAGACUAUUCCAGGGAACACGAGAAAUAUCCUCCAGAUAGACCAUUAUCACUUUAUGAGGGAAUUGCUGGUCCCAUGUAUUUGAUAUUAGACAUUCAGAAACCCUAUGAAGCUAAAUUUCCGGGUUUUACCCUUUAAUUUUUUCAUUCCUAUAAAAAAUCUCUAGUCUGAAUAUUUGUUGUUAUCGAUAUUGACAAAAAAUUAUAACAAAGUACUAAUACUG